GUUGUUUUAUUUUCCUUUUUAUUGCGGCCCACCUACUCGCGAUUUGUGGUUACUUGUGGCUAUGUUUAAGCAUUUUCUGUACUGAUACAAUAAAGUCGAUAUCCGAUCAACCUAUUCCCUCUUUCUGCCAUGGAGACACCAGAGGGGGAAAAGCAAAACAGAACAAUGAGUCACUUGGAAUUUUUUUCCUGUGUAUGAGUCAGUGUAUAUUUGGGGUUUUGUGUAAGCCUUAACUCAAGCAGUCCGGAUAAAAGAAAAAAAAAAACAUAAACACUAUUUUUCCAUUAUAUCCCUGCUGGCACAACUUUGGUCAGGAGCCCACCAUGGUACCACUGCUGCUUAUCCCUGGGACAGAGUGGUGGGGCAUGCCUUAUAAGGAAGACAAUCCGAAAUGAAGUUGGCCCUGCAGAGCUUAGUCAUGAGGCCUAGGGCCAAGUCCUGCUGUUAACUUUCUUACUGCAGCUGCAGCUGCACCCACAAACCUGCAGAUUUCACAGAAGUUCCCUGAUACUCAGAGUCAAAUCCUACAUUAAGCUCUCAUGCACCAUCAGCUAGAUCACACUCAAGGUGCUGUAAAAAGGAGGCCUCAGGUCAGUUCACAGAAAACAAAACUACAGGGAUUACACUUGCUUCUGGUUAAAUCUCCAUCCCAGAGCUAUAGCCCUUAACGUAACUGAACCACAUAUUACCUCCAACACGAGUGGUAGCAAUCUUUCUGAUUUUGGUAUCAAAGAAGAGUACUGAAUGAGGCCUCUGAUCAAUAAAGUUGACAAAAAUCUUGUAAUGAAAGAAAGCAAAAACACAUAACUUGAAAAAGAUCCUUACAAAUUCAAGCUGGACACUGUGCAGGUACUCUGAGCACAGCAGCUACUCCACAGCACAGAAACUCUUAAGGUAUGAGGGCUAAGGAAGCUGAAAUGAAAGCUUUAGGCAAAGCAAGUCCGUUAAAGCCCAGAGCUUCAACUGUGGCCCAGUCAUCUACAGCGAGAGAACACACUGAGAUGAACUCUUGAGUUUCACAAUAAUGUGGCAGACCCCGUGACACUGUACAGAAUGUGAUGAGUUGCAACCUCAUACACUGACUGUAACCUAACAAGUGUUAUCCAGGCACUUUUCAUUACAGCUGUUGCAGAACAUUUGAAAACUGAAAACCUGCUACAUCAUUGCACUCCCUCUGUUAAAAGUACUAGAAGGAUAAGUUUUUGUCUGCACUGCUCAUUGCUUGUCUUUAUAUGAGUAGAAUGAGUAGAAUGUCAAAUUGCAUCAAAAUCACUGAAAGCAUGCCCUAAAUCUGACCCUGAAAUUCUUGAGACAUAUCCUUUUGGAAAAUCUGACUUUGAACAGUAAUUGCUUUUUGUAGGAAGCCCACCUGCAAGUGGGAAAACAAUAAUACAAGGUGAAGCAGAGAGGAGGGGCUGCAGUGGAAGUGUGCGGUGGCUUCUUUGCGUUCACUUCUUGGCUGUCGUCCACUGUUGUCCUCUUGUUUUUUUAAGGAUAUUCCUGCAUGAAGUGGUCAGAGAUAAUGACCUUUUAGCAGCGUUGGCCGGCCAAAUGAGACCCUCGAGAGGCUGUUGCAUUCAAGAAAAACAAACGUCCUGUGGAAGUCUAACCCCUUUGUUCCACUUACUGCUUGUAUUUUAUGAAUGUGAAAGAGUAGGGCUUGUUUCUUAAAUGAGCCUUUGAUACCGAACAUAGAGCACCUUUUGUUUGGCUGUGGUAUAUUGUGCAUUUAAUAUACGCUCAAGUGUUUUUCUGGAUAUUUCUCAUCAGAGGUGGACAUUGAGGGAAGAGUGCGUCUGGUCAUGGAGGGUGCGCUGACUGCCCGGGACAGGGUUGGGGUGCAGGACUUUGUCUUGCUGGAAAACUACAACAGCGAGGCAGCCUUCAUAGAAAAUCUGCGGCGGCGCUUCAGAGAAAACCUCAUUUAUACGUAUAUCGGCUCAGUGUUGGUGUCGAUGAACCCGUACAAAGAGCUAGAGAUUUACUCCAAGCAGCAGAUGGAUCGUUACAGAGGGGUCAGCUUCUACGAAAUAUCGCCUCACAUCUAUGCCUUGUCAGACAACACUUACCGGGCCAUGCGGACCGAGAGAAAAGACCAGUGUAUACUCAUAUCAGGCGAAAGUGGAGCAGGUAAAACAGAGGCCUCCAAGAAGAUCCUCCUCUACUACGCUGUCACCUGCCCCACUAAUGAUCACAUGGCAGCACUUGGUGACCGCCUGCUACAGUCAAACCCUGUCCUGGAGGCAUUUGGCAAUGCAAAAACACUAAGGAAUGACAACUCCAGCCGCUUUGGGAAAUACAUGGAUGUCCAGUUUGACUUUAGGGGGGCACCGGUGGGUGGUCACAUCUUAAACUACCUGCUGGAGAAAUCUCGUGUAGUACAUCAGAACCACGGCGAGAGAAACUUCCACAUCUUCUAUCAGCUUCUGGAUGGAGGACAAGAUGACCAACUCAACACACUGAACCUGGAAAGAAACCCCCAGAACUACCGCUAUCUGGUUAAGGGCAACUGUCCCAGAGUCAGCUCCAUAAGUGACAAGAAUAAUUGGAAGGUUGUGAUGAAGGCCCUUCCUGUCAUUGGCUUCACAGAAGAAGAAGUGCAGAAAUUGCUGAAUAUCAUCGCCAGUGUUCUCCAUCUGGGAAACACGCAGUUUGGGGAAGGGGAGGAAGGUGAAACCUAUAUCACCACUGAGAUUUCUAAUCUUGCAAGGCUGCUGGGUGUCGAUGGCUCAGCCCUUAGGGAGGCACUCACUCACAAGAAGCUCACAGCCAAGGGAGAGGAGAUGAUCACCCCGCUAAAUUUUGAGCAAGCGGAGGCUGCCCGUGACGCCUUAGCCAAGGCUGUGUAUGGUCGGACCUUCACGUGGCUGGUGGAGAAGAUCAACCAGUCACUGGCUCUUAAGGAUGAAAUCUACCACAGCAGCAAAGGUUCCUCAGUCAUAGGGCUUCUAGACAUCUAUGGCUUUGAGGUCUUGCAGCACAACAGUUUUGAGCAGUUCUGCAUCAACUACUGCAAUGAGAAGCUCCAGCAGCUGUUUAUAGAGCUGACCCUCAGAUCUGAGCAGGAAGAAUAUGAGACGGAAGGAAUUGCAUGGGAAACUGUGCAAUACUUUGACAACAAGAUCAUUUGUGACCUGAUAGAAGAGAAGCACAAAGGCAUCAUCUCCAUUCUGGACGAGGAGUGCCUAAGGCCCGGAGAAACUUGUGAUGUCUCCUUUUUAGAGAAACUGGAGGACACAGUGGGCGGCCAUCCCCAUUUUGUCACGCACAAGUUGGCAAAUGGAAAGACUCGCAGGGUGAUGAGCAGGGAGGAGUUCAGACUGCUGCAUUAUGCCGGAGAGGUCAACUACAAUGUCAAUGGUUUCCUCGACAAGAACAAUGACUUGCUGAACAGGAACCUGAAAGAGGUCAUGUGCCAGUCAGACAACCAGAUCCUAAGUCACUGCUUCCGCAGAGAGGAAGUCAUAGACCAGAAACGCCCAGAGAUGGCUGCCACUCAGUUCAAAAACAGCCUGAUGAAACUUACAGAAAUCCUCAGGUCUAAAGAGCCAUCCUACGUGCGCUGUAUCAAACCAAAUGACGCCAAGCAGCCAGGAAGGUUUGAUGAAGUUCUGGUUCGACAUCAGGUGAAGUACCUGGGUCUGAUGGAAAACCUGAGGGUCAGGAGAGCUGGCUUUGCAUAUCGUCGGCGCUUUGAAGCCUUCCUGCAGCGGUAUAAGCCCCUGUGUCCUGAGACGUGGCCCAACUGGCAUGGCAGACUCGCAGAUGGAGUUUUGACACUGGUUAAGCACCUGGGAUACAAAGAUGAAGAGUACAAACUGGGGAGAUCAAAAAUCUUCAUCCGUUUUCCAAAAACUCUUUUCAAUACUGAAGAUGCUCUAGAAGCGAAAAAGCCAGAGAUAGCACUGACCCUGCAGACAUCAUGGAGAGGCUACAGAGAGAGGGCCAAGUACCAACGCAUCAGGCGUGCAGUGAUAGUGAUCCAGUCGGGGUGGCGAGGGAUGAAAGCACGCAGGAGAGCUAAAAGGCGUCGCCAGGCUGCUGACUUAAUUCGCAGGUUCAUUAAAGGCUUCAUCUACCGUCAUGGGGAAUACGGUCCUGAGAAUGACUAUUUCCUGGAUCAUGUUCGUUACUCCUUCUUGAAAAAUCUACGCAAAAACCUGCCCAAGAGUGUUUUGGACAAAUCCUGGCCGACACCUCCUCCAUCUCUCGAUGAGGCAUCGGAGCACCUGCAGAGGCUGCACAUGCGGAACAUGGUCACAAAGUAUUGCUGGAGAGUCCAGCCCGAAUGGAAGAAGCAGAUGAUGCAGAAGGUUGUAGCCAGUGAGAUCUUCAAGGAUCAGAAAGACAGCUACCCUCAGAGUGUUGGAAAGCUGUUUUUGGACUCCAGGCUUGAACGUGAGCAAAUCAGUCUCAAAGUCGUCCAGACUCUGGGCAAUGACAAAGUGCAGUACGGUGUUUCAGUCAUAAAGUAUGACAAAAGGGGUUUCAAGCCGCGCCCUCGCCAGCUGCUCCUCACUAACACCUUUGCUGUGUUGGUGGACAAGACCAAAAUCAAGCAGAGGAUCGACUACACAGCUCUGAGAGAUAUCGCUUUGAGCUCUCUCAGCGAUGGGAUGUGUGUUCUUCACAUCACAAGGGAGGACAAUAAACAGAAGGGGGAUCUGCUGCUGCACUGCAGCCACUCGAUCGAGCUGGUAACAAAAUUAGCCAUGAUGGCCAACAAGACCAGCAACGUCAACAUCAACCCGGGCAGCAUCCAGUUUACUGUGGCCCGAGGCAAGGAAGGAAUAAUUGAUUUUGUGAGGGGCGCAGAGCUGAAAGUGACCAAAGGCAGACGAGGACAUUUGCUAGUGACUGCCCCUCAGAUCAACGCCACAUGAAGACACA